AUCUUGUUCAACUCUUUGUUAUAUAUAUUCUUUAUCUUAUAUUAAAAUAUCUAAAGAAAAAAAAUAUGCAAGUGACUGAACAAACUCCUUUUGACGAAAACGAAGGAAAAUUAGAAGUACCAGCCUUUUUAGGCUUAAGUCAACAACAGUCAAACUUGUUAGUAGCUCUUUACAACGAAACUGAUCCCGAAUUUGCUAAACAAGUGCCUACUGCUUUACCUUUUGCUGCUCAACAAUUAGCAAACGAAUAUGAAAAAAGAAAUAGUGUUGGUAAAAAGUUGGAACGAGCUAAUGUGAAAUGGGCAGAAGAAUUUGAACUUUUUGAAAAAGCACAACAAGAAGCUGUCACUCGAUUAUCUAAUACGGAAAUGAAUAUUGAUAAAGCAGCAGAAGGAUUAAAGUUGAUGGAUAAUGAAAAGUGUCCUUUACAUGAUCUCUUAUUGGGUAGUCUUUUAUAUGGAGGACUUCGAAGGGAUCCCGUCUCACCUGAUGACCGAGCUAGUAUGUCUCCUGUUGCUAGUCCUAAUUUUGCUGGUGCCAAACAUUUGUUAGAACGUGCUUUGAAUGAACAUGAUUAUUCCAUGGCUGCUGUUCAAAUUGGUUCUUUUUAUACUCAAGAAGAAAAAUUGGCUCAAGGAAAAAAUUUACCUGGUCAAGAUCCUAAAAAACUUGCAUUUGAAUGGUAUGCAAAGGCUGCUGCUAAAGGAAAUCCUAUGGCAUGUCAUAAACUUGGUUUCUUUUUAGAAAAUGGCAUAGGAUGUCAACAGAAUACACAACAAGCUAUUGCAGAAUAUACCAAAGCAUAUGAUCAAGGAUAUCCUGAUUCGGCACAUAAUUUGGGUAUCAUUCAUCAAGGCAAUUCAAAGCUCACAUUACCAGUGAGAGAUGUGAAAAAAGCCAUGGAUUUCUUUGAACGAGGUAAACAAUGGGGUUAUGCACCAUCUUCCAAUGCUUUGGGUCGUAUGUAUUUGUUAAUGUCCAAAGAUGAACAACUUGCCAAGGAUGCUGGUAACCCAAGUGAUGAUAAGGAAGAAUACAUUGUUACUGGAAUUGAUUUUAUGGAAGAUGCAGCUAAUAAUGGAGAUGCAGAUGCUAUGUUAAUGUUGGGAUUAAUCUUUGGUUCUCAAGAUUAUGGACUCUAUGAUAUGGAUAAAGCUCAAAAUUAUCUAGAAUUGGCUCUUGUACGUGGUGAUCUUGAAGCAUACAAUUAUCUCGUACGUGUCUUACGUGCCAAGAUGGCAGCACGUGUAGCCUUGGAAAAACAAAAUAUGGAAAACUUUGAAAAAUUAUCGGAUGCUGAUAAAGCUAAAUUGGUGCGUCAAUUGGCAAAGGAAGCUGCCCCUGAAAAGGUGAAGCAUCGACAAUGUGCUAAUCUUUUAUGUGAAAAUACUGAACAAAAUCAAGGUGAUUUUAAACGUUGUGGUCAAUGCGAGCGGGUUUCUUAUUGUUCUCGUGAAUGUCAACGUAAUCAUUGGAAAGCCGGUCAUAAAGCUGUUUGUAGUAACAAAAAACAAUCUUCAUCAUCAUCACCAAUUACUUCCACUGUCCCUGAACCUAACGUUUGAGAAAUAGACAGAUUGAUCUCUCUUACUCCUUUGUAUCCAAUUCCUUCAUCUUAUAAUAUAUUACCGCAUAAUAUCUUUUUUAUAUUACUUCAAUGAAACAUUCCUUUUUUUUUUU